AUGAAUGAAUAUGAGUCUACUGGGUCUAGUGGUGUGCUUUUAGGAAGGCCAUUCCUGCUCACCGUUAAAACAAUAAUUGAUGUGUUUGAUGGAACCAUAUGUCUGGAUUAUAAUGGGGAGAAAUACACAUUCAAUAAUGCUAUGAAACAGCCAUUGGAUAUGGAAAAUUUGCAUGCAGUGGAUGUUAUUAACCCCAUGGAAGCCAUCACACCGAAGAAGGAAUUGAAGAAAUUACCUGAUAGUCUGAAGUACGCUUACCUUGGGGAAGAUGAAACCUUUCCAGUUAUAAUCAAUAGUCAGCUGACUGAGAAGCAGGAAGAAGAAUUGUUGGAAGUGCUAAGGAAGAACAAGAAAGCUAUAGGCUGGACCUUAUCCGACCUAGUGGGGAUCAGUCCGGAUCUAUGCAUGCAUCACAUCCGGUUAGAAGAAGGUGCAAAGUCUCAUCAAGACCCACAAAGGAAGUUGAAUCCAAACAUGAGAGAGGAAGUCUUAAAGGAGGUGUUGAAAUUGGUGGCCCUAGGAAUCAUAUAUUCGGUCCCGGAUAGCGAAUGGGUUAGCCCGGUACAUAUGGUGCCAAAGAAGAUAGGGAUACAAGUGAUGCAGAACGAGAAGAAUGAGUUGGUGCCCACGAGACUCAUUACAGGAUGGCGUAUGUGCAUCGACUAUAGGAAGUUAAAUGCAGCCACAAGAAAAGAUCAUUUCCCUUUACCAUUUAUUGACCAUAUGCCGGAGAGGCUACCAGGAAAGUAG